GGGAGUAGUUACGAUUAACUUCCUUUUGUCUUUACAUAAAAGUGUAUGUUUUUAAUAUGUAAUGUACAGUACACACAGAAAGCUCAUAAGAAAGUGACUGUUCUUAAUUUUUAGAUCUCCCAAAUGAUUACAAUUGUGUUUACUCUCCCACGUACAAUGAAUAUGUAUUUUUACUAGUUACCCAAUACGAACAAUCACAUACCUACAAAAAACAAGUUACGAAUCAUAUAAAAAAAGAGACAGGCAGAGCAGAAAAUGUGCAACGUGACGGUGAGGUUAAAACAAGAAGUAAUGAACAUUGAAUUGAAUAUUACCAAAACGACCGAACUAGUAAAUUCUCUGGUCUCCAUCUUCUCUCUUCCGUUCACACGCAAGCACUCAUAUAUAUACACAUAAGCACACUGUCACUAAUGCUUCUCUCUCUGUCUUUCCUCUUUUUCUAUAUAUUGACAAGCUUGUGAUCUAUCUUCUCAAGAUCUGUCUGAACCGUGAGUGGAUUCCUAGGUUUCGGAGAGAAAAAAUGGCUCCACUCAAGUACUUGUGUUUUAGAAAGGUACUGUUGCUCUGUUUCAUUCUCUCCUCUUCUUUCUUUGUUACUUUUGCCUCAUCAGAAACUUCUGUUGACGGUGAGCUAUCCAUAGAUCCACAUUUUAGAGUGAGAAGAUUGUUGGUAAAAGAUCUAGAAACUGGUGACAGUGAUGAAGAAACCAAUCCUCCUCCUCGCAAGAAGAAGAAGCUUACUGAUCCUAUUGCAUCAUCAUCAUCAUCAACAUCUGGUACCAAGAAGAAUCAAACCAAGCUCAUUAAACCAAUCUCUUCUUCCACCAAGAACCAGACUAAACUCGCCAAGACUACAUCUUCCAAACUCAACUCAACCAAAUCAUCUUCCAACACGACCAAGGCAGCCGGAUCAGACCUCAAGAAGCUAAAAUCCUCAAAUUCUACAAAACCAACUACUCCUUCCACCAAGAAAACAACGGAUCUAUCCAAAUCAACCUCAUCAAAAAACAAAACCACCACAAAACCUCAAACCUCCAAACUAUCUCCACCUCCAGAGAAGAAGAAAACACCACCAUCCUCCUCAAAACCAGUAAGCAAACCAAAACCAAAACAAGCAGAGAAAGCAAUCAAACCAUUCUGGCUAGACGACGAGGAAGACGAAGACUUCAUCAGCGAGUUCAGAGACCUCCCCACGAGAUUCCAAAGAACCCUAAUCCCAGACCUAGAAAAAAUCUCAACCACAUCAAAAAGCUACAUCAACAAAGCCAACAAAGAGAUCACCAAAAACUUCAAACCUUACUUCGGCAACAAAUACUCACCAACCAUCGCCUCCGUAGUCUCCUUCGUCUUCAUCCUCGUCCCUCUCCUCCUAGUCUCCCUCGUCUUCAACCGUUUCAAAGCCUACUUCUCCCUCCAGAAACUCCUCAUCUUCAUCCAAAUCUACCUCUCCAUCUACUUCUCCAUCCUCUGCCUCUCCUCCCUCGUCACCGGCAUCGAGCCUCUCAAGUUCCUCUACGCCACGUCGAGCUCAACCUACGUUUGCUUGCAGAUCAUGCAGACGUUAGGCUAUGCCUUCUACCUCUUGCUUCUUCUCAUGUACCUCGUUCUCGUCUUCUCGACUGAUUGUGGUUUGGGCCUUAAGGUAUUGGGCUUGGCUCAGACGUUGGUGGGCUUUGCGGUGGGUCUGCAUUAUUACGUGGCGGUGUUUCAUAGGGUGGUGCUUCGUCAGCCUCCGAAGACUAACUGGAAGGUGCACGGUGUUUACGCCACAUGUUUUCUUAUGAUUUGUUUGUUGUCUAGUGCGGAGAGGAGGAAGAAAGAGUACUUGGAAGAUGGCGGUGAAGAAGGGAAGAAAAAUUGAAUUUUUUGCAUGUUUUUUUUUCUUUGUAAUUUUAAAUUUAAUCUCGAUAAAAUUCGGCAAAAAUUCGCUGAAAAUGCAAUAGAAGAACACAUUACUAGUCGAGGUUGGAGAUAUUAACUUCAGUUGUGUUUAUAAAUCAAUCUAUUUAACGUGGAAUAAAGGUUUUUUUUGAGUUUUCAGUAAACUUGUAAAAAUGUUAGUUUGGUCGGCGAGGAAAAUUAAAUGUUCUUUCUCUAGAUUUAACAUCAGAAGUCAAAAUUAAUGAACGUGGGGGUCUACAGAAUCGGAGAGUCGACGACUUCCGUGAGAAGGGGGUACUACAGUCAUUAAGGAGCUGCCGACAGAACUGAAUGCUGUAGUGUGCCUUGUGUCGGUGGCUAGAUCCGACGAUAACGACGUCUAGUGAGGAAAAAGGGCAUUUUGUUCCUAAACGUGUUGCCUGUCUGGGCCAUUCACUUCAAGCCCAUGCCGUAUACAGUUUUUAAUUACGGUUUAACCCAAAAGUGUAGUACAUUCAUUUUUUUUUUUCUUAUGUCAAUUCGAAAAAUGCAAUAAUUUAAGACUAAAUUAAAC